GCGCAAUCAACCCUGAACCCUACACUUCUCUGCUUCUGCUUCUCCCGCACCACCUGGGCCUAUUCAUCUGGACUAUCAAGGCUGUGUUGCAGCUACACAUACAACGACACCGUUCGUCCAGCUUUGUGUUGCGCAGGUCGUCGUAGUAGCCGUUGACCAAGGAUCAUACCCUUCCACACGGACGUACAACCCCUCUCUUAAUAAGUUUCGAUCAAUUUUCGAUCGCACAAGCAAGAUCUGUUGAAAAUGGCCGAUACUGCUGUUUCGAGCUUGGGCGCUCAUACCGAUUCACUCCACGCCACGAAUAAAAGAAAGCGCGACGCACGGGAUUCAGGAAACGCCCGCGCAGCUCCUCCUGCCCCCAACUCUACUAUAUCCGCCGACGAUCAAGCGACCGCCUCCUUUCUCCAGGCCCACAACGCGUCAACCAACGACGGCGACAUGCAGCAACAGUUCGAUCUUCACCAGAAUGGGGGUGCAGGCGCAUCAAGUGUAGGAGACACGGCCGCCGCCGCUCUGGCUUACCACCAAAUGACAGUACCCCAAGCCACCGAGCUCUCAUUCCAACCACAAGCUUCUUCCGGAGACUCGUCAUCUUUCAACUUGGGCGACCAUCAAAGCCAAAGUACCUCCAUGCAGGAUUAUACCCUCGAGGCGCUUAAAGCCGCAACUCAAUCAUCACGAUCUGGCCAAGCCGCCACGAACGAGUCACCUCCAAGCACGAGCGGACAUAAGCCGCCUGUUGGCUCUGAGGAAUGGCACAAAGUACGCAGGGAUAACCAUAAAGAAGUUGAACGCCGUCGCCGUGAGACGAUCAACGAAGGCAUCAACGAACUUGCCAAGAUCGUACCCGGCUGUGAAAAGAACAAAGGUUCCAUUCUACAGCGUGCAGUGCAGUUCAUCACACAAUUGAAAGAAAACGAACAGCAGAACAUUGAGAAAUGGACACUCGAGAAGCUAUUGACCGAACAAGCCAUCACUGAACUGAGCGCUAGCUGCGACAAGUUCAAGGCUGAGAUGCAGCGCGCUUGGGAUGAAUGUCACAUCUACAAGCGCACAUGCGAGAACGCCGGAUUAGUACCGGAUGAGAUUAAAGAGAGGGAAAACAAUGCCGAACAGAACGGUCAGAGCUAAGCAACUAUGCAUCAACGCCUCGGGCGGUGGUACUCUGAUUGAAAUCGAUAAGGCGUAGAAUUUUUAUCCAGGUGGUCGACUUCUACCUAUACCACGAGGAGUUCUUUUCUCUCAAGACGCAAUUUCUAUACAAGACGGACGUGGAUGUUUGCUUGUUGCACGACCUUCGGAACCGACUGACGCGAUCUCACCUCUUUUUCCUUGAUAC